UUUCUGUUUUAACCAAUGAAAAUACUUGCUUUUUACAAACUGGAGCAUGUUCAGGAAGUUUUGAGCUUGUCUUCUUAUCAUGCCUCUUUUGUGUUGAAAACAGAGGAAAGUCUGGGAUAUAUUCAUUAUUUUUUAAGAAAACAUUUUGUGAAGCAAGUAAACAAUUCUCUAUUUUGAAGUGUGCAUGGUUUGUUAUUUACAGAAUUCUGUUGAACCUCUCUGACUGAGCCAAUGAUGGAUUCCUCUCCGAUUCUGCGUCAGCAUAGUCAGAACAAAAUCCUGAAAAAUCAUUCAAGUCCAAACAGAAUGAAGAUCAACAGAAUGACAGCAGACCCCAAACCAGGUUCUAAACACCCGUCUGUACCCCACCCUUGCAAACACCCCUCUGUACCCCACGGACACCAUUCCAAACGAGGGACUGAGAACAAGGUCCCAGCAGCAACCUCAGACAAAGACCCUAAGCCCCCUGUAAGACCACUGGGCAUCAGCAGGCUGCCAGUGCUUGCUAAAUCCCUGCCCCUUCAGACGCCCUCUGACUUCACCCAGUCACACAAGAGAUGGGAGGAGAACUCUCUAGCGGGUAAAGCAAAGAGGAAGAAGCCAAACACCAAGCCUGUACCUUUCAACUUCACCCAUCCUAGAGCCAACCGAAUGGGGGCAACGAACCAGAGGAGGCCGCUGGUUGCUCAAACCACCCAACCUGAAAAUACUUUGAGCACUGCUGCCAGCCAUAAAACAAGACUCACAACGACAGCUAAACUACCCAGUUCCGUCCCACAAACUCAUAACAAGGCCCGAACAAAGUCAACAGUAGAUCUCGCUGCUCGACUCCCUACACUCACACAACACUUGGCGGCCAGAAAAGAAGGUCCAGGGCUAGCAGGCAUCUUGUCACAUCACGAUGGAGAAGAAUGGCCCCAGGCUUCCAGUGCUGCCACCUCCAUGCCUUUGUCUCAACAUCUGAAACCAAAGGCACAGUCUUCUUCAGACAAUCCAUUUCACGGAUCUGGAUCGGGGCAGCUUGAUCUUUCCAGACCUCCCAGUUCAUUUGGUCCUGGCUCAGGUCUAUCGUCCAUUGCUUUCUCAUUUAGCAGUGACUCCUCCACUACCUCAGCCAAGCCCACUGCCCUCAGUACGGAAGCCUGCAGGGGCCAUUUGGACACGCUCAGCAUCAAAGAUCUUUCCGAGCCUGGCCAGUUAUUAAGUAGCACCGCUGGGUGUGUGGAGGCCUUCUCUUCUGACCCCUUUGCCCUACGUAGUAUCCUGCAGAAUAUCGGAGUCAAUGCUGCUGGGGCUUCUAUGUCUAGCCGUCCCUCUACAAAAGCCUAUAACAACAUGCCCCAGAGAGUGUCCAUCAUGAAGAGUCAACAGAAGACUGCACCCUCUGCAGGUCCCGUAAGAUCUAUUCAGUUCUCCCCUGAGCCUUCAGCCCUCAACAGCAUCCUUCAGAAUGAAGGGGUCACCUACCCUCUGCAGCCCCAGAGAGUGUCUGUCAUGAAGAGUCACCAGAAGAUUGCAGCCUCGGCAGGUCCAGGACGGAGUGUCCCGUUCACCCCAGACCCCACGGCCCUGAGGAGCAUCCUGCAGAAUGAAGGGGUGACAGCUGGGGGAAUGCUGUGGGCCACACCACAACGCACCUCUGUCUGCCCCUCUGGCAGGGGAACCUCCAUCUACACUGCUCAGAGAGUACCUGUCACAAAGAGUUGCACUGAAGCAUCUGGAGGACCUCUGGUGAUGCCAGUCGGCCAGAAGUGGACACCCCAGCGGGUCCCUGACACCAGGCAUCAGCCCAUGUCCAUGGGGAGGCACCUGUCUGCCCACCGGACCCCCUAUGCAUGCUCUCCUAGACUCUGGGGCCUCCAGGGCCACAACCGAGAUCUGGAGACACACAAGGAGGAGGUUGUUCAGAGAUUAUUCAAGGAGACGGACCAAGAGGAAGAUAGGAUAGACAACAGAGAGCUGGACGAAGACCCCGCUGAGACCCGAGCUGACAAGGACCAAGAGGAGGAGGAGGAAGAGCAAAAUAACACUGGAAGAGGACUCCAGACCUUCUUUCAAGCCCCACACAGGGAAUCUGUUAUUUUCUUCUCAACGGGGAAGAAGCUGCUCAGAGCAGCUCCAGCACAAGAACAGGAAAGCCCUGUGGCUGGAUUUCUGGAGCGAGGUGGGCCCCUGGAGCGAAGUGGGCCACUGGAGAAGUGUUGGCCUGGGGCCAGAGCUUCAGCACAGGGGACUGUCCUCGAGCUCCUGCUCCAUCCAGUCAGACCCUCGUCUGGGCCAGAAGCUCUAUCCACGGUUGCUACUGUAGCCGUAGCAUCAGGCUUGACCAGGCCAUCCAACCCCUCAGCCUUUGUCCCCCUGAGUCAUCCCAGAGGUAGUAUCAUUAUCCCAAAGAGCGGCGCUCUGAGUUCUGCUGCAGCCUUGCUCCGCCGGCGCCUCCCCCCUCUGCAGGAGCUACGUCUGGAUGAGGAGGUGGCUACCUACACCACCUCCCCAGCCCCUCCCUGCUCCUCCAUUGCCGCCUCCUCCGGGCCCAUGCAGACCAGGUGUGGAAACCCUGUGGCAGCAGCCCUGUAUCUGCAGGACUACACUAGUUUUCGGUCAAUCAUCUUGGACCCCUCGUCUGCUCUUUCCUCCCCCUGCUCCUCUCCUCUACAGGAGAGAUGAUGGCUUUUGCUUUGCACUGAGAAUGUUAAUCUUUUUUUUUUUUGUCUGGUCUUGUUUAAUGAUAAAACACUGUAAAAAUUACGGAUUGUUAAGCAAAGACUUGAAGGAGUGUAUGUAUGUACAGGUAACUGCUCAAAUAAAGGAAACACCAACAUAA